GGCUGCGGGACCAGAUUAGCGAGUUCGAUGGCUGCCCAUUGGAGCCAGUUUGGGUCCAAGACUCGCAGGGCCGGAUCUUUCGCUCGGACGACGUUCAAGAGACCCCGCUGUUGUCGGGCACGUACAUUAGGAGCGAGAAAAGUUGUGCAUGGCGUAUCAGACUCAACUGCUGAAUCUGCGAGAAGACUUUGCGGGAUACAUCGCCACAAAAGACUCCGGAUGGACCCAAGAUGCCCUCUUUCGAUUCGAAAAGAUCCGACAGGAAUACACGACUGGACACAUUUUGCGGCGACAGUUGCUGACGGAUCGUCUGCACCUUGAGUAUCCAAGUGUAUCGGACGACAGACUCAAGCGAGUGGGCCACUUUCUGCAGCAGCAUUCGUUGUACAAGAAGCAGCUCCAGUGCCUCAAAGAAAGCAUCCUCCGCAAGUCCGCCCAGCUGCUCAGCAACCACAUCCAGGAAGCACAGGUGAAGGAAAUGGAGGAGGCUAAGCAGCAACAAGCAAGUGCGCUGAUGAGACAUCAGCUGGAGUACAUGGAGUCGCUGCAUCGCAUUCUCCGCGAGUGGCGGAAGACCAAGAUUGAGUACAUCAAGGCAGAGGAGGCCCAGAGAGAGGCUGAGAUGGCGGAGAGACUGAUGUUGGAGAGCGAGCGAGAGAGCAAGAGAAAGAGUCACCAGCUGGCGCUGAGGCUGAAGAUUGAGCAGUACCACAACGAGAAUAGGGCAAAAGAGGUGGAAGAGAGCAGACGCAAUUCCGAGCUCCAGGAGCAGAGGCGCCAUGAACGUGAGGCCCAGGAGAAGCACGACAAGGAGCGAGUCGCUUAUCGAGAAGGGCUUCUUGCGGAAAAGGCCGAGAUCAAUAAGCGAAAACAGGCCGAAAGAGAGGAAGAGAGGCGGUCGCUCGAAGAAAAGCUGGAUCGACUGCGAGCAAUGGUUGCUGUUCAUGUAGAGAGCAACUGGGAACGGAUUCUCAAGGCUACGGGAUCUGCUGGUUGUAGUCGAGACACCGAUCAGGCCGAGCAGCUUCCCGGUAGCGUUGCCCAUGGAUACUCCAUGGACGACCUGCUCAAGGAUCCAAGAGCAAAGCUGGCUAUGGCGCUUCAUCAGCACGGUCUGCAGCAUUCGGAAUACGGGCGAAACAUCAUCGUGCAAAUGCCAAGCACCGUGCUUCCGCACAUGCGGUCUGCCAUCGGCUCCGACUGGACGAUCGGCAACUGAAGAAAUUGACCCUUGAGUCAGGAGAGAACACAUGUGAACUCUUCGUAGCAUCGCUGCCUAUGUCUGUGAACCGUCCGCAUCAGCCAAAUAUCCAUGCCUGGAUGCCAGACCACAACUUACUGCCGUCCCAAUCUCAGACAGCAACC